CAAAUGGUGCACUUCCUGGUCACGUUGCCGUGGGUGUUGUUGAAGGUGCAGUAUUGAUUGACAGCUCCCGGAAGUGUAUACAUGUAUAUGUUGCGGCGAAACUGUUCAGCCCGGAUUCGUUUAGCGCUCACACUCUUCCGUGUUCCAGUCUACACUUCCGGACUCAGAUCUGUCCCCUCUGGCUCAGCUGGCCAGUCUUCCCGAGGGAAUCCAUCGAUUACACUCAUCAGUUCCGGCUGUCGUCACUUGACUUUUGCCCCCACAAUGACAACUUCUGUAUCGCCACACCGGAAGUCCAGAUGCCCGGAGUACCCCGGUUCCCAAAUCAAACGCUUCCCAGUGAAUGACGCUCAGGUGGACUGGAGUCACAGCGUCCAGGGUUAUGAUCCAGUCAACUACACCCAUCCACCGUGGGCAGAUCCUGAAAUUGGCACUUUCUCUCCACAGUUUAAUACCGUGGAUGGUGCUGUGGACAGAAGAAGCUUUGAGGGGAGCUACAAAGUGGAAGAUGGAAAGCCACUAAAUCCUCACGGACGCACAGGUCUGACUGGUAGAGGUCUGCUGGGGCGAUGGGGGCCCAACCAUGCUGCAGAUCCUAUUGUCACAAGAUGGAAAGUAGAUGCUAAAGGAGAAAAGAUUCUUCACCCCGACUCCAAAAAGCCUAUCCUGCAAUUUGUGUCCAUCAAGAGAAAAGAUUGCGGGGAGUGGGCCAUUCCAGGGGGGAUGGUGGAUCCCGGGGAGCAGGUUUCUCUCACACUUCAGCGUGAGUUUUCAGAAGAGGCGCUGAAUUCGCUGGCAGUGGCGCCGUCGGAGAGGGAGAACAUUCGUGAGCGUAUUACCCAACUGUUCAAAUCAGCAGGUUAUCAGGUCUUUAAAGGAUACGUUGACGACCCAAGAAACACCGACAAUGCUUGGAUGGAGACAGUCGCUGUCAACUUCCAUGAUGAAAAUGGCAACAGUGUGAGCGAGCUGCCUUUGCAAGCUGGCGAUGAUGCAGGCCAAGUCCAGUGGGUUGACGUGGACUCGUCCUUCCCACUCUACGCGAGCCAUUCCCAUUUGCUGGAGAUGGUCGCCAAAGAGAGGAAAGCCCACUGGUAGCGCUGCUACAACAAUGAAGAAGCAUUAACGUGUAUAUUCGCAACGCAAGAGCCCACAUGCUGGACUGUAUGCCUACUUUGAUUAAUAACAAGCAGCGCCG